AGUAACACUCAGUAGAAUUGAGUAAACAAGCAAGCAAUCAAAACGAACCUAGAAUUUACCUAUGGAGUUCAAAAUAUCUUAAUGUUUGGCUAUUAAUGAUCAACGGGUCUAGGCAUGCUCGUAGCAUCCAUAGUCAAGGCCCAAAUGCUUUAUCUAAUCAAAACCUAAACGCCCCAUAUUUUCCUACUUUCCACAAAGUGAUAUGACAUCUCAUAUUCAUCUACAAAUCCCUAAAUAAAAGUCAUCAAAUUCCCCCAAAAAUCCAAGCAGAUUCGCGAUAUCAACACUAUUUGCGUUCAGAUAAACAACGAGAUUAUUAUUAGGCUUAAAAAAACUUAAUGCAAACAAAAACUGCAAUAAAUUACUAAAUCGAUAGCCCGAUAAGUUAAAGAGAGGAAAGAGACCUUUACAUUGAUGAAGAGUUUUGGAGCUCAAUUGGAACUAGAGACGUUGCCGGCGUUUCCGCCGAAAAGUGAAGCUGCGUGCGUGUUGUAGUGUCAAGUGAGGUCUGAUUGGGCAUUCUCCGGUGAGUAGUAGUGGCGUAGGCAAAGUUUGUGACGAAAAAGGAGUAUUUGGAGAAAUCUUUUUGCCAUGUGCCGAUUGCAAUUAGUUAUUUGUCUCCCUCCCCUACUUCCUUCCUUCUUUCUCUCUCUCUGCUUCUAUCCCGCUGUCCAUUAAUGGCAAGACCAUAGAAUAUCAGUUUCAGGUAUCCAAACCCUAAUUUACUCUUUCUAUUCAAGCAUAGGCCCUUUAUUCUUUCUUUUUCCAAUUUCCUUUCACCAAAAAUGCAAAACCACCUCGCUCCUACGUAAUAUCUGCUCCAGCACAGUACGCACCUAAUAAUUCAAAAUAUUCCAGAUCUGAUAGAUUUUGUUUAUUGCGAUUUAAACUGCAAUUUUGUAUAUUCUUGAAUUAUUAUUAAGUAGCUGGUGAAAUUAUGGUGAGAGAACAAAGUAUUGAAUCAUUUUACACCCGGUUGCGGGAUUCAGCUCUAGCUUCAGCUUCUACUUCACCACUGCUAGUUUUCCCCUCAACUUCUGACGUUGAUUCACUCUGUGCCCUCAAGAUAAUAGGACAUGUUCUUGAAUCUGAUUCUGUUAGAUAUGCGUGUUACCCCGUUUCCAGUUUUAAAGAGAUUUAUAAGUACACUGGGGAUAAUCUAGGGCCAGCUGCAGAUGAGCCAAUUACGAUUUUGCUUAUUAACUGGGGAUGUCAAAGGGAUCUUAAGAAGGUUCUAGAAAUCGGUCCCUUAGCACGCGUUUUUGUAGUGGAUAGUCAUAGACCUGUACACUUGCAUAAUUUAAGUGACCAGAAUGAUCGGGUUAUCGUGCUAUACACUAGGGACGAUGAGCAGCAGGCCGAUUUAGCAUAUGAUUUUGAUGUUUCUGCUUUGGCAAAUGCUAGUGAUUUGAACAGUGACGAUGAUUUUGAAGACGAGUCUGAUAGUGAAAGUGAAAAUGACAUUGAGAGGGAGGAGGAAGAUAGAGAUGGAAUGAGGAAGAAGAGGAGGGUUUCUGCAGAAAAUGAGAGUGACCCCGUUAAGCUUUUUGGGAAAUUGAAGAGGGAGUACUAUUAUAUGGGUACCUUCCAUGGGAAGCCAUCUGGUUGCUUGAUGUAUGAACUGUCUCAUUUUUUGAGAAAGAAUACUAAUGCAUUGCUUUGGUUGGCCUGUGUAGCUUUAACUGAUCAGUUUGUUCACGAGAGAUUAACUGAUGAGCGGUAUCAGGCUGGGGUAAUGGAGCUAGAACAACAUAUCAAUAGCUCAGGCAAUUUAGACUCUACUACCUCAGUUACUCUCAAGGAUGGAACAAAGGUCACAGCACCAAAUUCUUCAAGGAUUGCAUAUGAGUAUGAACCAAGGCUGAUGUUGUUACAAGAGUGGAACUUGUUCGAUUCAAUGCUGUGUUCAUCCUACAUUGCAACUAAAAUGAAGACAUGGAGUGACAAUGGGAUUAUGAAGAUGCAGUUUCUUUUAGGUCGAAUGGGUUUUGCACGCGAGGAAUGCAAACAAAAGUUUCAGUACAUGAGCAUUGAGAUCAAGAGGCAAAUGAAGGACAAGUUUGAACGAUUUUUGCCGGAAUUUGGCCUCACUGAUUUCUAUUAUAGAGGUUUUUUGCUUCUUCAUGGGUAUAGUUCAAAAGUUUCAGCCGCAGAUGUUGUGUAUGGGGUUACUGCACUUCUAGAGUCAUUCGAAGAGUCAGAUGGCUCAUGUGCUUCCAGUCAAUUUGGGGAGGCUUAUGACGCGUUAUCCUUGACUAAGCUUGACAAGCUGGAAACUGGAAUGCGACAAGCGAUCAAGAUCCAAAGGUCCAUUCUCAGACAAGGGAGUGCAGCAAUAACCAAGAAAGGAUCUAUAAGAAGUGGAAGUAAAUUUAGGUGGGUGAAGCUUGAAGACUCGGCAGAUACAAAGCUCCUGUGUCAUCCUCAGGCUUUAACUAAAUUUGGUUACUUUCUGAUGGAUGCUUUACGCGAGAAAGGUGCAAGGAUGAAACCAUUGAUCUGUGUUUGCUACACCCAGGAACGAAGCAAAGUGUUGAUUGUAGCAAUAUGUGGGAAGCCACGACUUGGUGCAGUCCAAGGAAAUGCAUUUGGGCUUGCGUUCAGAAGUUCAGCUGAAGAGACGGGAGCAGAGUUCUUUCAUGAACUAUUUGAAUCAUCAUGGAUAGUUUUGGAUGCAGUUGCUGUCAAUUUGUUCAUGAUCAGGCUAACAGAGAAACUUUUGUAAUGAGGUUUAUUCAAACCUUUCUUUUUACCAUUUAACUGUAGUUCUGUUUCAGAUGUUUAAUUGUCUGCCGUGAGCAAGCCCCCUUGUAUUGUUCUGUUUCUCCUUUACUCUUUGUCUUGGUAAUUAAGGAUCUAUCAAGCACACUUAACAUAAUGAACUUGUUGUCUGAUUUUAGAUUCCA